GGCUCCACCUGCUUCGCAGCGCGCUGGCGCACAAAGCUCUAGAUUCUACGGGAGGACCCUGAGAGGCCAGCGUGUCAUCAGGAGACUCAGCGGCCCGGGCAGGGGUCCUGUCCCAGUGUGGCCACCGCGUGUCGCCGGAACUACGCUUCCCAGGCUGCCCCGCUGCAGCCGCGCGCCCCGCGCCCCGCGCCGCGCCGGGCCGGGAGCCGCCUGUUGAUCUCAGCUCUAGACCGGGGCUACGGCAACGCCCCUGAUUGUCGGACCCGCGUACUCCGGGCUCUAAAGCUGCUGGCCAGGACCUUCCGCUUCGGGAUGGGCGCAAGCAAGGUGGUAGUGUGAAGUCUCAGGAAGCUGGCCCACUCGAAGGUGUGUGAGGAAGGUGUAUCUCGGAAACCAUGGCGCUCCCCUUUCAGAAAGGGCUGGAGAAAUACAAGAACAUCGACGAGGACGAGCUUCUUGGCAAACUCUCAGAAGAGGAACUGAAACAGUUGGAAAAUGUUCUAGAUGACCUAGAUCCCGAGAGUGCAACACUACCGGCUGGAUUCCGACAGAAAGACCAGACCCAGAAAGCAGCCACUGGCCCAUUUGAUCGUGAGCAUCUGCUCAUGUACCUAGAGAAAGAGGCUUUGGAACAGAAAGACAGGGAGGACUUCGUACCCUUCACAGGAGAAAAGAAAGGGAGAGUCUUUAUCCCCAAGGAAAAGCCUGUAGAAACUCGCAAAGAAGAGAAAGUGUCUCUGGACCCAGAGCUGGAGGAAGCCUUGGCCAGCGCCUCAGACACUGAACUCUACGACCUUGCAGCUGUCCUUGGAGUCCACAAUUUGCUCAACAAUCCGAAGUUUGAUGAAGAAACAACCAAUGGCCAAGGCCGCAAGGGGCCAGUGAGGAAUGUCGUCAAAGGUGAAAAGGCCAAGCCGGUGUUUGAGGAGCCACCGAACCCCACAAAUGUGGAAGCAAGCCUGCAGCAGAUGAAAGCCAACGACCCCAGCCUGCAGGAGGUCAACCUCAACAACAUUAAGAACAUUCCAAUUCCAACCCUGAAGGAGUUUGCAAAGGCUCUGGAGACCAACACCCACGUGAGGAAGUUCAGCCUGGCCGCAACCCGAAGCAAUGACCCUGUGGCUCUGGCCUUUGCAGAGAUGCUGAAGGUCAACAAGACCUUGAAAAGUCUGAACGUAGAGUCCAAUUUUAUCACGGGCACCGGGAUCCUGGCCCUGGUGGAAGCGCUGCGGGAGAAUGACACCUUGACAGAGAUCAAGAUCGACAACCAGAGGCAGCAGCUGGGAACAGCCGUGGAGAUGGAGAUCGCCCAGAUGCUGGAGGAGAACUCAAGGAUCCUCAAGUUUGGGUACCAGUUUACCAAGCAAGGGCCACGGACAAGAGUGGCAGCUGCCAUCACAAAAAAUAAUGACCUAGUUCGCAAGAAGAGAGUUGAAGGAGACAGGAGGUAAACCUCCACUAAAAGAGGUGACGUCUCACCAUGCGGCCAUCCAGAAAAACAUACACACAAUCCUCCUCUUCUCCACGGGACCAUUCUGUCUAAGGCUGUUCGUUUCCGUUAACCAUAUCCGUCAUAAUUGUAACUGUCACUCUUUUUUUAGCGCUACUUGUUUAUCCAAGGUUCUGAAGUGUGUGUAGCAGUCUGCCUCGCUCCUGGACACGCUUGGUGGCUUGCACAAGUAGGGUGAUACAGAUCUUAAGACAGUGACAAUACUGGAGAUGAUCUUAGCCACUUUCCUAUUGGGUUGUCUCGCUUUCUUACGUGAACCUUUUUUAAUCAUGGAAAGGGACUUAGUGUGUAGCAUGCAUUUGUCACUGAUUGCACAGUGGAAGCCUAUCUCUGUUUACACGCAUGGCUUCAAACUAGGCUUGAGUUCAUGAGAAGUGUGUGUGACUGACCACACAAGAAGUUAGUAUUGCCAGUCUUUCACAAAUUCUCCGUUAAUUCCAGAAA